UCCUACGACGCCGACUAAACCCAACCAAUUCCUGGUUCACAUUUGCAACGGUCCGUCCAUCAUUGAUCAGGAUCGCCAAUUUCUUCAGAAUAGUGUCGUUUCACUGGCCUCUUCUCUAGUCGGUCCCGCAAUUGUCAAAUCAAACCCUGCCACUGUUGAUGUCAACCGCUGUCUAGGUUGAGAGAGAGUGAGAGAGAGAGGGAGAGAAACAGAUCAGUCCGGUCCUUUCCUUGCCUCGUGGCGCUGGGCCCUAUUCCAUACCACCCGAACUCCGACCUUCACUUGCUUCACACGUUUCGUCUGAAUCGACAAAGAUUGACCUCGCAUGUCCGGCCAACUCUAAAAAGGAAGCAACGAGAAAAUAAGAGCACCAGAGCCGGCGGCGAACUUUUCGACCAAUUCUACGCCGAGAGCCUGUGAUCCAUCUCUGAACUCGGCCAAUUGACGGGGUGGAUUUUGAUCUCGGCCCAUCUUGCUCCAACCAAGGUUUUGAUCAUCCACCCACAGCGACGGGGUGGGAUACUUGGAAUCUUCGGGAGACAAGGUCCAGCAAAAAAAAAAAAAAAAAAAAAAAAAAACACUACAACGUCAAGAUAUACAAUGGCGCCGUCACUGGAAUCCGCUCGCCCAAUUAUGGCCCCAUCGGCCCGUACUUCGGUCCGUAUGAGCACAUACAGCACCAUGGCGCCCUCGCUGGCGCCUACGACCGACUCUGCCGGCGCAGAGAUCAGCGACAUCGAAAAGGGCCUCGACCGAAUGGAGAACAAGGCGCUAUCCAAGCAGCGCGUCGUCCUGAGCGAAGAGAAGUGGGCCAACAUGUCCAAGCUUGCCCUCGGUGCCAAGCUGGAGCGCGCUCUCGACAGGAGAAUGUCGUCACAGGACGCAGUCAUGCGGCCAAGGACCAACAGCAACAUCAAGAACAAGCCGAAAUCGGUGCCUCUCAUCGUACAGGAGAAGGCUUAAGAGAGACAAGAGACGAUGAAGAGAAAGUAUUUUUUGUCGAUAUGAGCCGGCUGGGCCCAGACUCCAGCAAGCGGUUUCCGGCAUACAAUAGCUGAACACAUCUAUUGGUUCAAUGGCGAGACAAGUGCCAACGGCGACGAUUACAUCAUACCUUGGCAUUUCAGGUGGAAAAACAGACACAGUGGAGUUCAUGAGUAGAGGAUGGAAUAGAUACCAGGCCGGAGUGGCCACUUGGCUCAGCCAAUCCAGCGUGAUGGGCUGAGCAAUAUCGGUGCUACCUAUCAUGGGGACAAGGACACAUAUAACGAGUCUUGAUGCAUCGAGCACAUUGCGGCUUCUGAGGAGUUUACUGUUUUGCAUUUUGUUUUUAAGUUUACUGCCCGCACUCGCAGCAUCUUCUAUUUCAUGUUAUUCUGUUUUUGUUUAGCACUUAAGUGUUGGCUUUCUGCAACACUCUUGAUACUAUAUUAUGUUUCCAAUCCAUUUUGUGCCAAAGGCCAUAUAUAUGCUGAUUACGACGGCUAGGUUUUUCAAUAAUCUAUAACGUCGAUUCGGAAAGCACCUCUUCUAGGAUACUAUGAUGUUGUCACUAGAGGCUAUUUCUUUGGGAGAAAUCUCCUUGUCGAC